CCAGACUGUCCGAGAACUCAGCCCACAUUGCAACGUGCUCUCCAGGCAACGUUGCGAGAAUGGCGCUGCAGGCCGAUUAGGGUAUCGUUACUUCGCAUCAGGUUGUACGACCUUCGCUUCUCUUACGGACGAUUAUGUUUAGGCACAUAUCCGGCAGGCCGCAUGCUCAGCUCUACGAGUCUUGCUCGGACGCGUCUGUCAUGCGUAGGCGGCUUUCUCCUGCGUAGACGGUAUAUAAGGUGUGGGUAGCAAGCCGUCUCUGCAUCGAACGCACUCAGCUAAGAUGUCUCACGCAAACCUCACGCUCUCCUACUACGUCUGGGCUCCCGACAGCAAGGCUGGCGACGUCGUCCAGAAACGUCAGGCCAUCCUCGCCGAGCACACCGAGUGGAUCACUGCCCGCCGCGCGGAUGGAAGCGUCCUGUACGGCGGCGCUAUUCUCGCGAAGGACGUCAAGCUCCCGCUCGCCUCCAACCCCGAGAUCGCGGGCACCAUCUUGAUCGUCAAGGCGAACAGCCUGGAGGCCGCGCGCAAGCUCAUUGAGCAGGAGCCGUACUACAAGGCCGGUGUGUGGGACACCAGCGACCUCAAGGUCGCGCCCGUUCUGUCCAGGGCUUAGGCCGGGGCCGACUCGUAUGAGAUGAUGUCUCUUAGCGUGCAAAGAAACGCGCACCAGUUGUCUAUGUGUCGUACAAAUGAUAUAGAGGUUGAUGGUCCGAGUCCUCUGAGUGGGAUCAUGCGUCUCAGUUCUCCGUCGUGCCAGAGGCAGUUGAGCGCGUGAGGUCACUGAAAUCGCCCUCGUGUCAGACCAUGUCACCAUGAACAUAGUCCGUAAUUAUUUUGCGAGCUUGGCAUUUCUUUCAUGCGCUCGCACUCGUGUCAGAAGUUGGACAGUUUGACGUUGUCGAGAGUCUAUGGUCACUCGAAGAUCUGCGUGACAUAUCUCUAUGAGUCUAUUGAGAUCGGACGUUCUGCGUGUCUUGUGGGCUUGGAGUAUUAUUACA